AUGUCGUCCCAUCUCAUAUCCUCCUCCCCCUCGCCGGCAAUGCGCCUCCUCAAUCUCCACCCCAAGCUCGCCGCCCUCCUACAAUGCGAGCUCUACUCCACCAAAACCACGGCCCAAGGCAGCAGCCGGAAAACCCCGGAACCGACCAAGCCCAAGCCCGAGAAACGCUCCGCGCCGACGCCGUUGACAUCAUUCUCCCAGAGAGCCCUGAAGCAAUCGGAGGCGCUGGCAGCCGUUUGGCCCAAGCCGAGGACGGUAUGGUACCAGUCGAAGGAUGCCAACGUCGUGAACCUGAUCGGCCGGGUCGGGAUUCCCAUCCGGUACGAGUCCGGCGGCGGCGGAAAGCAUCUGGCCACCACCGUGAUUUCCCUCAUGAACGGUGGCGUAAGGGAUCCCCUGAAGAUCCCCGUCCUGUUCGAGGGGCUCUUGGCCCUCGUCGUGUCGGGUCAUGUCCGGGAGAACGACUGCGUCCUCGUGUCCGGUCACCUGAGCGUGGACCCCACGGGUGUAGUUCCGAGCGAGAGCGAGAGCCUGGGGAAAUUCCACGUCGUGGCUGAAAAUAUCAACUUUGUGGUGGGAUUCGAGAAGAUUAGUUUAUAUGAGUCGGAAACUGAUAGGUCUGUUGGGAACGAGGCUGAAGUGUUUGAUGAAUUGUCCGAAAGAGCAGAGCCUGAGGGUGACAAGCUGCUAGAGGCACAUUUGGAAAGUGGGAAUGAAAAGAAAAAGGAUGCCGAUAAAACCAUGCAUCUCUGGAGGGAUCUUGUGAAGAAUCCACUACAAUGGUGGGAUUUUCGCGAGCACAAGGCAAACGGGUUGGUAAAAGUAAAACAUCCGGAUUUCAAGCAGAAGGUGACUGAGGAGCCUCUCUGGCUCAGUACUGCUCCCAAAUGGAUCCUGCCUUGGAUCGAGGAAUUGGUGUUUAACGUGAAGAAUAUGACGCCGAAGCAGAACCAGACAGAUGAUUCUUGGAAGGAUUUGGUUGAAAAUCUCGAUGAUUGGUGGGAUAACAGGGCAAGGAAAAGAAACCCUAAAGCGCCGGAUUUUGUGCACAAGGUAACUAGUGAGGCUUUGUGGUUGAAUGGGUCGCCCAGCUGGGUGUUGUCUAAGCUUCCCCCAGUAAGAAAUUAA